CAUCAUGUCGAGCACUGCCACUAUCACCACCACGGAGAGCAGCUCGCUCCAUCUCUCCGCUGAGAAUGUUCGACUCCCCACGCCUCAGGAGGCUCCUCGAUCCCUCCUGCAACAGGUUCUGGUGAUCAGCCAGCUCUUCGCGGUGACUCUCACUGCGAGUGUAAUCCAUGGCCUCGUCAUUGCCGGACUUCCCACUAUCACCAAAGAUCUGCAGCUGCCUGCUUCUCUCUCCCUGUGGCCCUCCUCGCGGCUCCCUCGAUGGGUGGAACUCGUCGGAUCUCUCGCCAGCGGCGCCUUGAUGAUCGGGCAAGGACUGGCCCAAAAUGGCAUCGAGCUGGUGAUUAUGCGAGCCCUGCAAGGUGUCGGUCUCUCGCUCCAUCUGGCGUCCUCCGUUUCCAUCGUCACCCAGCUGAUGCCUCAUGGCCGAGGCCGUAACCUGGCCUUCUCCUGCAUAGGUCUCAGCCAGCCGCUGGGCUUCUCGCUCGGACUGGUUGUGGGCGGCAUUCUCAUCGACACCAUCGGCUGGCGCGCAGGCUGGUACAUCUCCGGAGGCAUUACUCUCUUCUUCACCGUCAUUGGGCUGUGGUCAUUGCCCAAGAGCCCGGCUCAUCAAUCCGCAGACGUUCUCCGCAACGUCCGGACCAAGAUUGACUGGGUCGGUGCCGGUCUGGCUUCUGCAUUCAUGGCCUUGCUGUGCUACCUGCUCGCUAUUCUAAGCGCCGAUACCUCCCGCAUCAAAACUGCCGAGAGCAUUAUCAUUCUAUGUCUAGCUGCAGUCGCCCUCCUAUCUUUUGUCGCAUGGGUCCACUACCAAAGCAAACGCAACAAGCCCGCCUUGAUCCCCAACGCGCUCUGGCGCAACACUUCUUUUACCAGCAUCUGCGCAACUGUGGCUCUCUCCAACGGCGUUUUGAACUCUAUGGAACUUUUUGCCAGUUUAUUCUUCCAAGAAGUCCAAUCCCUCUCCGCACUUUCAGCCUCAAUCCGGAUCCUCCCCUCCCUAAUAAUCGGCAUCCUCAUUAACCUGAUCAUCGGCUUCUUCGUCCACCGCAUCCCGGCCUCCUACAUCGUAUUCGUCACCUCGCUCCUCGGCGCCGGCGCUCCGCUCCUCAUGGCCAUCAUCCACCCCUCCACCACUUACUGGGCCAACGCCUUCGUCGCUCAACUCCUCCAACCCAUCAACGCCGAUGCCCUCUUUACCGUGGGGCUAAUCGUCAUCACGAACGUGUUUCCGGACGAUACGCAGGCGUUAGCGGGUGCAGUAUUCAAUACUUCCGCGCAUUUUGGAACGGCAUUAGGACUGGCUGUUUUGCAGGUGAUUUCGACGGUGAUUACGGAGAGGGAGGAGGGGAGGGGAAAGGCAGAGGUGAAAGCCCUGAUGGAUGGGUAUCAGGCGAGCUUUUGGAUCAUGUUUGGGAUUAUGGUGCUUUGUACGGGGGUGGGGGUGUGGGGACUAAGGGGGACGGGGAGGGUGGGAUUGAAGAGGGAUUAA